CGAGCUAGGGAGACGCUGGGAGAGCCGCUUGCUAGCCUCAGGCCGGACCAGAAAUAGCUGUGAUAAUUCGAUCUGAUCGCGAAGCCCCGAAGCUGGGGGUUCUGCCUGGGUACGUGGGUGCAGCCUGUCCCACCGCGUGACACUGUCUCGAGAUGCCUUAGGGCGCGAGAGCCGCCCCAGAGGACGCCUGGUGGCCAGCAGCGCCCGAGCAGCUCGUGUGCGUGGCCUCCAGCUCCCGCUGACGCCCCCGGGAACGCGGUCCGCCUGGAAUCCCCCCCCAAACCAUGGAGGCCCCGGAGGUGCCCGUGGGUGCGCUGCUUGACUUCGGGACUGAGCCAGCCGCGCCCUCGCCCCUGGAGGCGUUGCCUCCGAAGCUGCAGGAUGGGGACAGCUCGCAGGGCGACGGGGCUUCGGAGAGCGAGACCACGGAGUCCGCGGACAGCGAGAAUGACAUGGGCGAGUUGCCCUCACACCCGUCCUGGGACCAGUACCGCCGCUCCUCCUCCAACGAGUCCUUCUCUUCCAACCAGAGCGCCGAGUCGGCCGAGGACGAGGAGACCCAGGAGCUCCGGGAAUUCAUGCGCGGCUACGUGGACAAGAUCUUCUCUGGAGGGGAGGACUUGGACCAGGAGGAGAAAGCCAAGUUUGGGGAGUACUGUAGCAGUGAGAACGGAAAAGGCCGGGAGUGGUUUGCUCGAUACGUGAGCGCCCAGCGCUGCAAUUCCAAGUGCGUCUCAGAGGCGACCUUCUACCGCCUGGUGCAGUCUUUCGCCGUCGUCCUGUUCGAGUGCCACCAGAUGGACGACUUCGGGCCUGCCAAGAACCUCAUGACCAUGUGCUUCACCUACUACCACGUCGGCAAGCCGCAGCUGCUGCCCCCCGAGUCCAAGGAGAAACCCGCGGGGAGCAUCGACUCCUACCUCAAGUCCGCCAACAGCUGGCUGGCAGAGAAGAAGGACAUCGCCGAGCGGCUGCUGAAGAACACGUCUGCCAAGACGGAGAACGUCAAGGGCUUCUUCGGGGGGCUGGAGACCAAGCUGAAGGGACCCCUGGUCAGGAAACCAGAGGAGGAGGAGAGCAAGCCCAAGGAGAAGCCGCACAAGACCGUGACCGUGUGCAGCCCGGAGGAAGAGAGGAAGGGGGAAAAGAUCUAUCUGUACACGCACCUGAAGCAGCAGCCCAUCUGGCACACGCUGAGGUUCUGGAACGCGGCUUUCUUUGACGCUGUGCACUGUGAGAGGAGAAAACGGUCUCCCACCACCAGAGGGGAUGCUGGAGAGGAGGAGAAGAAGAGGGAGAAGUGGUGCCACAUGACCCAGGAGGAGAGAAACGACAGCCUGCGCUUCAACGAGAACAUCACCUUCGGGCAGCUGGGCACGUUCACUCACAACAUGCUGGCGUUCGGACUGAGCCAAAAGCUGUGCAGCGACUUCCUGAAGAAGCAGGCGGUGAUCGGCAAUCUGGACGAGGAGCAGUACAAGCUGCUGAGCGACCACAUCGAGCAGAUGACCGCUGAGUAGGCCACGGGAGGUCGCCCGAGGCACCCCCCCAGGAGGACUGAGGGUACCCGCCACUCUCCUGGGCCAGCGACUGGCUGUCACCCCACCCGAUGACCCUGCAUGACAUCAGCAGCACCCAGAGCCACUCCACGCUGCUCUAGAACUAGCAGUUAGAAGAAUCUGGUUGCCCGACCUCCCCACCCACCCUCUGCCUUGAAUGCUCCCCCCACCCACAUGCCAAAGCGUCCCUGGGGUUACAUGGCUAAAACCAAGGUGACUGUCCGUACUCCUGAGUGUCAGGCCUGUGACAUAGGACCAAGCGGACGAGCAGGAGAGAGAGAGGGUGGGGUGCACAUGCGGAUGCAGAGAAGGACCUCACGAGCUGGCCAGUGACCCCGGGCCGUCACUGGCGACCAUCUGGGAGCCUUUUCUUCAGCAGUGGGACGGAGUAGGGGGUGCUCCCACAGUGGGGGGGCCGAGGGGGCCGUGGGUCUCUCAGGGCGGGCCAGGUGGGUCCGGGGCUCCCGCCGCCUCUCUGUCGGGUCCCCACCGUGUGACGGGAACUGGAGUCACAGGAAGCUCCAGGAGGAAAGAGACCCUUCCUGUUUUAGGGAGGGAGGGAGAGCGGCGCCAGGACCUUCUUCCCUGGCUGCGGGAGGCCCAGUCAGGGCUGUGGGCACCCUGGGGACCUCGCAGGCUCUGCGCGGCUGUGUUAGAGCCACACCAGCACGGACGUGUCUGCAGCGUGCCUGCUCGGGCGACGGCUUCCUUCUGAAGCAGAGAAGGUUCUGCCUCUCGCUCCCUGGGGGAAGCAUGGGCUGUGUGUCCCGUGAAGAGACCCAGAAAAGAGGUUUCUCUGGCGGCCGCGAGACCACCACGCUCUCCGAAAGCAGACAAAGACGAUGGAGAAAUCUGUGCCAGUGUUACCGACAGCCGGGCAGAGGCGGCGUCUGGUGGCAGGUGUGAGGCUCCUUAGCUCACACGCCGUGUGACCUGCAGACUCUGCAGCCGCCCCCUCAUCUCCCAUCUGGUGUCUGGGAACCACGGCUCUUCUCCCCGGGUUUGUGCCGGGCACAGCGGGGGAGUGACUGACCCCUGCGAGGGGUGACCCGCGAGGGCUGACCCCUGAUGGCAGGACUGACCCCUGAUGGCAGGCGUCCCGCGAGGACUGACCCCUGAUGGCAGGCGUCCGGCCUGCGGCUCCCCCGGCGUGAAAGUGGCCAUCAGUCUGGAUCCCUCUGCCUCCGCCCGCCCCUCUUGGGCACUGACCUUGAAGUGGGCCUGGCGGGCUCUCUCCUUUCCCCAUGUCCUCCCCUCCUGUGUCCCCCCCUCUACCUCCUCAACUCUCGGCCAUUACCUUACGGUCUCCUCUCAAGCGCAGCAAAUACAUGCCUGGUAGUCACCCACCCGGCCAGUGCCGGAACGCUUUCCCUCGUGGGAUGCCUCCUUGGAAUGUUCCAGAGACGAGCACGCGUCGUCUGAGCUGUAGCACGCGCAUCUUGGGGAUGACGGGAGAGGCGAUGGGAGGCUUGGUACGAUCUGAGCAACGUUGCCAGCCAAAGACCGGGUCCCGAAAC